AAAGUAAACUGUAAAUGACUGUGCGUGUGUGGCCUUGCGUUAAAAAAAUAAAAGCUUCGAUUUAAGCUAGAUAGCUAAUCAACACCAUCAUCGACAACAAAAAUAACAACAAUAACAACAACAGCUGGAUGCGUCCCUGUUCUUCCAAAAUGGCACCUUCCUCCUCCUCCAUCUCCAUCUGUUCCUGCUGCUGUGGUUGUUGCUCUCCACGUGCCUGGCUGUGCUCCCGCUCCUCAGCCUACACUUUGGUUCUUGGCUUGGUAUUCGUCACUCUAGGCACCAGUCGUAUAAUUUUGCUGAAGUUCUCUGAAAAUGAAGGUAACUUUUAGCAUUUUGAAUUUAGCUGGAUUAAGUGAUGCAAUUAGCAAAUAUGCAUACAAACUGCAUGCUGUCAAAUUGUGGCCUUGUUACAUCAUGAGUCAAAAGUUUGAUUUGCGCCUCAGGGAUUUUUUAUUGCAAAGAGGUUUGCAUGUUCUUCCUGUGCUUGGUGGGUUUCUUUCGGGUACCUCAGUUUCCUUCCACAGUCCAAAUACAUGCAGAUUAGGCUAAUUGAUUUUCCCAAAUUCUGUGACAAGCUUGCAUGUGUGCCAUGUAAUAAAUUGUCUCUCUGUCCAGGGUGUACCCCCUGCCUUGUACCCAAAGUUUCCUGGAAUAGGCUCCAGGCUUCCUGCGAACCUGAGUAGGAUAAGCAGUAUAGAGGAUGAAUGAAUGAAAACACUAUAUUAUAUUUAAAUUAAAACAAGUAUGACUUUCACCCUGCCUCCGUGAAUUUAAUGGCAGAGACUAUUAAACUUAUCUUUUGUUUAGUCAUGUCAGUGAGAGUGAUAAUUCGAGAGGGCCGUUCGUGUAAGGAUUUGGGCUGUUCCUCUGGUUCCUCUUUUUUUAGCUGCUUGAAAUGGGCUGUGCCUGCAUUCCUCUAUUUUCUUGACAACCUCAUUAUUUUUUAUGUGAUGACCUACCUCCAGCCUGCGAUGGCAGUGUUGUUCUCCAAUGUCGUUAUUCUUACUACAGCCAUUUUGUUUCGGUUUGUUUUGAAGCGGCAUUUGUCCUGGGUGCAGUGGGCUUCCCUCAUCAUUCUCUUCUUCUCAAUCGUGGCGCUGACUAUGAGCACAUGCACUAAUCAGCAUGAUGUACAUGGCCUACAUGCAGCACAUGUCUCUGCUCCCUCCAGCGGCUGCACAAACCAUACACUGCUGGAGACGACGAAGCACAACCAGAGUGAGAGCAGUUGGGCAGAGGGACUGGCCCCUGAGCUCUGGAACAGCCAGCUUGUCCAGGGUUUACGUGCCUUUGGCCUGGGUUAUAUCUUUCUGUUGCUUCAGUGCUUCACCUCUGCACUGGCAAACAUAUACAAUGAGAAGAUCCUAAAGGAUGGAGAGCAGCUAACUGAAAGCAUUUUUAUUCAGAACAGCCGGAUGUAUGUAUUUGGUGUUGCCUUCAACAGCCUGGCACUGGUGCUGCGUACCGACUCACGGACGAUGAUACUGCAUUACGGCCUGUUUCAUGGCCACAAUGCCUAUUCAAUAGCACUGACCUUUAUCACAGCUGCCCUUGGUCUCUCUGUUGCCUUCAUCCUUAAGUUCCGUGACAACAUGUUCCAUGUGCUGACGGGCCAAAUCACCACUGUGCUUGUCACAGCUCUGUCAUUCAUCCUCUUCAAUUUCCGCCCAGAAUUUGACUUCUUCCUACAGGCACCCAUUGUUUUGCUGGCCAUUUUUAUAUACCACAGCAGCAGGCCAAAAGACCUGGAGUAUGUACUGCAGCAAGAGAGGCUCAGGGUCAUCAAGGGAGAAGUUUUUGAGCGGCAUCAAGGGGAUGGGGAAGAGUUGGAGAGACUUAACAAGUCUGACACAGAGGGUGAUUCUGACGAGGAAUCUUUUUGAGCCUGAUCUCUCUCUUAUUCCAGCCUUUAACUACUAAAGAGUUAUUGUAAUUAUCAUGUAAACUAUCUGUCAGUCUGCCUGUAUUUAUAAUGCUCUUGUGGCUAUAUUUAUUGACCCUUUUUUCAGGGACAUCUACGAUAUUGGUGUAGGCUUGAUGCAAAUGUACUUGCAAACCCAUCAAAUGACACUGCCAGAUCAGUUUUACUGCUGUGAGAAGAAUAAUCUACCAUCCAGGAUGGAAUAUUCUUAUUGAAACAGAACUCAGGAGCAGAAACAGAUGAGCUAGUGUCGGUAAUUAUACCUAGAAGUGCACCACAUUGUGGUAAUGAGUUUCUCAUAAAUGUGCCAAAAAUAUAGAUUUAAACAAAGUGGGAUCAUGAAAUAUGAGUUUUAUGGUACUUUAUGUUUUAUUGUCCAUGUCCAUGGUGGUGUAUUUCAAACCUGAUCAGUUUAAAAUGUCAGUUCUAUGGUAGGGCUGAGCAAAAUUUAUGAAAUGUGAUAUGAAAUCUUUUCAUUAAAGACUAAAACUGUUCUGUAGAAAUGCAAUGAU